AUGAUGGGUAGAGAUGACAAAGAAAUACAUGGCGAUUCCAAUGGAGAAGUCUCUCAUCCUUUUUGUGAAAGCAUUCAGGGAAUCAAACCAACAACAACAGUUUUAUUGCAAAAGAUGGCCAAGCAUGUUAGUCAAGACAAGAAUUUCAGUGUUUUCGGUGAUGGUGUUGAGACAACACCUGAUGAUGUUAAGAGGAAAUUAAUGGAAAUCGAUUUUUUUGAAGAUGUGAAGUGCAAGCCUCUUGAUAUAGAAGCAGAGAAAUAUGAUGUGUCUAUGAAGCUAAAGCUAUUAAAUGAUGAUGAGGAGGAGGAGGAGAAGUUGGAGGUGGAUAAGGAGAUGCUAAAGAUAUUCAAAGAUGUUGUUGAUGAGGAGGAUGUGAGGGAGGGGAAGGGGGAGGAACCAAUGAUAUUAAUUGAUGAAGAAGAUAUGAGGCAUGCUACUAAUAGGCAUCUCAAUAAUGAAGAAUUGGCGCUUAAAGAAAUGGAAAUAUAUGGUAAAGACUAUGUGUUUUCUUCAAAUUUGUUCCACUUAUAUAUUGAGUACAAGGAAAAGUAUCUAGAAGCACGUUUCAAAGACAAACCAACUUUCGUAGAGUAA